AUGCAUGAAACUAAGUUCUGCAUCCGGCCAAAGAACUACCAGCAUUCCUUGUCCUUGGUAUUUGCAGUGAAGGAAGUCAAUGAGAACUCCAAGAUCUUACCAAAUGUCAGCCUGGGGUUCCACAUUUAUGACAGUUACUUUAAUUCAAGGCUUACUAAUCAGAACACCCAGCAGCUUCUCUCCUCUCAAGACAUGUUUGUCCCCAACUUCAAGUGUGACAAGCAAAAACAUCUGAUAGCUGUCAUUGGAGGAUCUGACCAUAAAAUCUCCCUUCAACUGGAUACUAUUUUGGGCAUUUACAAGAUUCCACAGAUUGCCUAUGUUGCAUUAUCUCCAAUGAUCAGUGUUAAAACCCAGCUCCCUUCAUUUUAUCGCAUGGCUCCUAAUGAAGCACAUCAGUACAAUGGGAUUGUCCAUCUCCUUCUGCAUUUCCAGUGGAUUUGGAUUGGAAUCAUCACAGCAGACAAUGAUGAUGGAGAAAAUUUUCUGCAAAUAUUGACACCAAUGCUUUCUAGGAAUAAAAUAUGUACAGCUGUCAUUGAAAAAUACCCAGAGCCAUCAGAUUUUAUAGAGAAAAUGAGUUCAGUCGAAUCUCUUCGGGCCAAGGCCUUUUCAUUAACCAGUUCAAAAGUCAAAGUAUAUCUUAUGUAUGCGGAUAUUGUGACCAUUGGAUCUUUUAAAUGUUUCAUCUAUUUCACCACACUAUCUGAAGGUAUUACAGAGAAUGCUUUGUACAGAGUGUGGAUCAUGACUGCUCAUUGGGAUUUCUCCUCCUAUGCCGUGCUCAGGGAUUUAGAUAUACAAAUCUUUGGUGGUGCCUUGUCUUUUUCAACUCACUCCAAUGAAGUCUUGGGGUUCAAAGAAUUCCUCCAGCUCCUACAACCUAAUGUGCCCAAAGGAGAUGGCUUUCUCAGAGUCUUCUGGGAAAAGGCAUUCAACUGCUUAUUUUCUGAUUCUAAUGUGCACAAGGAGAGUGAUGAUACCUGCACCGGUGAAGAGAAGCUGGAAAGCCUGCCUGGGGCUCUGUUUGAAAUGAGCAUGACUGGCCAAAGCUACAGCAUCUACAAUGCCGUCCAUGCCAUAGCACAUGCUCUACAAAAGAUAUACACAUCCAGGCCAAAACCCAGAGCAAUGGCUGACAGGGGUAGAUGGGAUCUUCAGAAUCUGCAACCUUGGCAGGUACACCCUUUCCUGAGGAGCAUCUCAUUUAACAACAGCGCUGGGGACACCGUGGUUUAUAAUGAGGAUGGUGAACUAGCAGCUGGAUUUGAUGUCAUAAACUGGGUUACUUUCCCAAACCAAUCUUUCCACAGAGUGAAAGUAGGAAGGAUAGAUCCACAGGCUUUACCAGGCCAGGAAUUCACCAUUAACCAGGAGGUCAUCACAUGGUACAGCAUGCUUAAUCAGGUGGAAGCUGACUACCAAUAUGAAAUAAAUGGGAAAUGCAACAAAAUGUUGAAUCCUCUCAAAUUUAAUACCCACUUCCAGGAUAUGGAAUCAAGCAGGACAAUUCCUCAGACGGAUUUUCUCUGCUUUUUACCUACUGCUAGUUUAAACAUUCUUUAUAUCCUGGCUCCACUAAACAUGGUGUUGCCCCUUGCUGUGUGUAAUAACAAUUGCCAUCCAGGUUACAGAAGAAAAACAAAAGAAGGGGAACCAUUUUGUUGCUAUGAUUGUGUUCCUUGUUCAGAUGGGGAAAUUUCAGAUCAGAAUGACUUGGAUGACUGUUUCAAAUGCUCAGCAGAUCAAUUUCCAAACAAGAACCAAGAUGGGUGUCUUCCAAAGCGACUACAUUUCCUCUCUUUCUUGGAAGUUUUGGGGAUUGUUUUGGUUGCCUUGGCUCUGUCUUUUUCUGCAAUCACAGUCUUGGUGAUGACUAUUUUCAUUAAGAGCAAGAACACUCCCAUUGUCAAGGCCAACAAUAGAGAUCUCACCUAUGCUCUGCUCAUCUCUCUACUCCUCUCCUUCCUCUGCUCCUUGCUAUUCAUUGGCCAGCCUCGGAAUGUGAACUGCUACUUACGACAAACAGCUUUUGGUGUCAUCUUCACAAUGGCUGUUUCUUGCGUGUUGGCAAAAACCGCCACUGUGGUUCUGGCUUUCCUGGCCACUAAGCCAGGGAGCAGGAUGAGGAAAUGGGUUGGGAAAAGACUGGCAAACUCUAUUGUUCUUGGUUGCUCCUUGAUUCAAGCAAGCAUUUGUACUGUAUGGCUAUGUACUGCUCCUCCAUUCCCAGAUGUGGACAUGCACUCUCUGGCUGAAGAAAUCAUACUGGGAUGCAAUGAAGGCUCAGUCGCUAUGUUUUAUUGCGUCCUGGGGUACCUGGGAUUCCUGGCUAUUGUUAGCUUUGCAUUGGCUUUCCUAGCCAGGAAGUUACCAGACAGUUUCAACGAAGCCAAAUUUAUCACUUUUAGCAUGUUGCUCUUUUGCAGUGUCUGGGUGUCCUUUUUCCCAUCUUAUCUGAGCACCAGGGGGAAGUAUACUGUGACUGUAGAGAUCUUCUCCAUUUUGACCUCUAGUGCUGGAUUACUGGCUUUUAUCUUUUCCCCCAAAUGCUACAUAAUCAUCCUGAAGCCUGGCUUGAACAGCAAGGACCAGCUAAUUAGGAGAAAAUAG